AUUAUUAUUAUUGUUUUCAGAAGAAGUUUGGCCCGUCAACGACGGCGGCUCCACAGCUUCUAUACAAGCCAACUCCGACUCAAUCCCCCACUACCCAAAAUCAAUCUCAAAGCUCAGUUACAAAAUUCCCUUUUCUCCGGCAACCAGAUGGCGGAACACGGCGGCGAAAUAGAUCCUAGGAGCGGGUUCUGCAAAUCCACCAAAAUCUUCCACAGCAAGCGCCACCCAAUCCCUCUCCCCCCGAACCAAUCACUCGAUGCCACGACCUUCAUCUCUUCCCGCCCUCACAACGGCAAAAUCGCCCUCAUCGACGCCACCACCGGCCAACACAUAACCUAUUCCCACCUCUGGGAAGCCGUCGAUUCCGUCGCCUCUGCUCUCUCCGACAUGGGAAUCCGAAAAGGCCACGUCAUCCUCCUCCUCUCCCCUAACUCCAUUUUCUUCCCCAUCAUUUGCCUCGCCGUCAUGUCCAUCGGCGCCAUCAUCACCACCACAAAUCCCCUCAAUACUCCCCAAGAAAUCGCCAAGCAGAUCGCCGAUUCAAAACCCAUUUUAGCUUUCACAACCCAACAAUUACUCCCCAAAAUCGCCAGCUCCAAAUUGCCAAUCGUCCUUAUUGACGGCGAAAUUCAUACCCCCUCAGUCAAAAUCGUGUCCACGUUGAACGAAAUGAUGAGGAAAAAACCCAGUGAGAGUAGAAUCAAAGAACGGGUUGAGCAAAACGACACAGCGACUCUGCUUUAUUCGUCUGGAACGACAGGGGCGAGCAAGGGCGUAGUGUCGUCUCAUAAAAAUUUAAUUGCGAUGGUUCAAGUGGUCGUGACGAGGUUCAGAUUAAGCGAAGGGGAAGGGACUUUUAUCUGUACGGUUCCGAUGUUUCAUAUCUAUGGACUCGUGGCCUUCGCGACGGGGCUGCUGUCUUCAGGAUCCACGAUCAUCGUCUUGUCCAAAUUCGAAAUUCAUGAGAUGUUGUCUGCGAUUGAGAAGUACAGGGCAACGUAUCUGCCACUUGUGCCCCCGAUUCUAGUGGCGCUAGUGAACGCCGCCGAGCAGAUAAAGGGCAAGUACGAUUUGAGCUCCUUGCACACGGCGUUGUCCGGCGGAGCGCCGCUGGGGAAGGAGGUCAUUGAGGGUUUUGUUGAGAAAUAUCCGAAUGUUGCGAUUCUUCAGGGGUAUGGGUUAACGGAGUCCACCGGAAUAGGAGCUUCCACUGAUUCUCUGGAGGAGAGCCGCCGGUAUGGCACGGCGGGGCUUUUGUCUCCGAGCACUGAGGCAAUGAUUGUUGAACCGGAAACUGGCGAGGCUCUGCCCGUGAACCGGACCGGAGAGCUUUGGCUCAGAGGACCCACCGUUAUGAAAGGGUAUUUUGGUAAUGUGGAGGCUACAGCCUCAACGCUCGACUCAAAGGGAUGGUUGAGAACGGGCGACCUGUGUUACAUCGAUCAAGAUGGUUUUAUUUUUGUGGUUGAUAGGCUCAAAGAACUCAUCAAAUACAAGGGUUAUCAGGUGCCUCCAGCAGAAUUAGAGGCGUUAUUACUCACACAUCCUAAUAUCUCUGAUGCAGCUGUGAUCCCUUUUCCAGACAAGGAGGUUGGGCAGUAUCCAAUGGCUUACGUGGUAAGAAAGGGUGGAAGUGACAUUUCACAUGAAGAUGUAAUGCAAUUCGUGGCAAAACAGGUGGCGCCGUACAAGAGAAUCCGGCGGGUGGCUUUUGUGGAUUCCAUUCCCAAAAAUCCGUCCGGUAAGAUCUUGAGAAAGGAUCUCAUAAAGCUUGCAACCUCUAGACUCUGAAUCAUCUGGCCUUGGAAGAAUCUGGACCGUUGAUGAUACCGCGGAGAUUCUGAUUUGAUUUCAUCGAGCGGAGUUGCUUUUAAUGGCUCGCAUAUAUGCAAGGCAAAGGGUUAUAAUGCUGAUUCGGACGCUGUCGUUUUGAUAUUCUGUCUGUCGGCUGCAUUUACUUUUUUUUUUUUUUUUUUUUUUUAAUUUAUU